GGCUUUCUCCCCGAAAGCGACGGGCUCACGUUCCGCGGGAGAAUUAGCGUCGGCGGUUUCGCUCACCUCCGACACGGAGCUCUGCCCGUCCACAGACGAGGCACACACUGCUCCGCGUCGUCCAACACGGCGUCCGCCCUGCUCGGGAAAGCGGCGCUCUCCGCAGGGCGACUUUCCUCCGCCUCCGCGGUCGACGGCGGUUCGCUGCCUCUUCCUGCCGCUCCUUCUCUGGGCGCAGGGAGACCCCACUCGACCUGCUCGCCCGUCUUCAGAGGCACCUCGCAGCUCUUCUCCACUGUCCUCGCCCUAGUGUGCGCUUCCCCGGCGUCCCCCUGGACAGUGGACACCCGUGCUCCGCCACAGCUCGUCCGCCUCAGCCUCCACCGUUGUAGGCGCUUCCUCCGCCGCACACUGUUCUCCCCUUCCUCGUGUUUGGUGUUCAGCUGCUCAUUGAUCCAGUCUCUCAACGUCCUGCCCCAUCCGCAUCCCACUCUGUCACAAAUGUGGCGCGCAGCACCAUGAGUUUAGAUGGGGUGAAGAAGGAUGCGGAGGUAGCGUUCAUGACAAAGGAUAUAUUCAAACACCGACACAACAGAAAUGAUGCUCUCGGCCCGAGGAUCCUGUUUUCUCCAAGACCUGCACUUACAGCCAGCCUUCCUGGCCUGCUUAGCACCCUCAGACUCUUUUUCAGCACAUUCACAAACACAGCCACCCCACUAUUUUCUCCGCAUCCCACCCCCUCUACUGUCAGAUGAAAAGCAAUAUUUUGAGGAUGCAGGAAUCCUGUUGAACUCUCCCUAUGUGGCUGCCUUACGGCCGGAGAGGAAGGUGGACCUCAUUCUUUCCUUUGACUUCAGCAGUGGUGAUCCCUUCCUGACAGUGAAGAAAGCUGCAGAUUACUGUAAAGAGGCUGGAAUACCAUUCCCCUCCGUGGUCAUAGAACCAGGAGAGGAAAAGAACCCUAAAGACUUCUAUGUGUUCAAAGAUGAAACAAAAGCACCCAUCGUCAUCUACAUUCCGCUCUUCAACACUGUCAACUGUGAAGAAAAGAUUGAGGAGUGGAGGAAGAGGUACAAAACUUUUCAGGAUCCAUACAGCAAGGAAAUGAUUGAGGACCUGCUGCUGGUGUCCAGUGGGAAUGUGAAGAACAACAAGGAGAAGAUCCUCAAUGAGAUCAAGGCAGCAUGUGCACGCUUGUCACGCCCGCCAACUCGGUAACAAGCAACACUGGGAGCCGAUCAGGGUCCGGGCACAUAAAAGGGCAGCCCAGACCAUAGGAAGCUGUGGAACCUCGUUCAGCCUCGCUACUCGUCCUGCUCCUCGUACUCGACUUCCUGGUUUGCCACGACUCCUUGCCUGUCUUCUGGAUUAUGUUUCUCGGAUUCUCUCUUCGGACUACGUUCGCACAUCGGUUUCUCUUGCCUGUCUCUUCGACCAUGUCUUCUGGAUUGCCCCUUGAACAGCCUUCCUGUGCUCCGCACUUGGUUCCGGCACACCCGCUCCGGGGAAACACCGUGACAACGCUAAUGCUUUAGAAGCUGCUUUUUCAUCGACUUCUUUUUGAAUCAUUUCUAAAUUAAUCAGCAUUUUAUUAUUUUCUAAUCAGAAAAAACGUUACAACCAUAUAUCAUUAAAUAUAAUCAAUCUCUAGC